GUUUCCAUGCGCAGUGACUAGGGAGGUAAAACGCAGGCAUUAUUACCCCUCCUCCAGCUCCGAUCACUCCGGCCUUCACACACUAUAGGGGCUUUUUCUAAUCACAUCUGAUCAGACGGAUCUUUCUUUUUCAUAAAGUCUGGUCAUGAGAUGCGAUUUGUUUUUGCCGGAGGAAAGAAGGAAAAACUAGAUACGACCUGUUGGCGAUGAUGGAUUACUCUAAGGCGCAAAUGUCUGAGCAGGGCACUCCUGCUGGGUUGAAGCUGGAAGCUGUGAUGGAGCAGCUGCAAAGACAACAAGAGGCCAAGCUGGAAAUGAACCUCCAAGACAAACACCUCCUUCAAGCCCAGCUCCUGUUUGCCCAACAUGCUGCCGUCGCCGCUGCUGCGAGGGCCUCGGCUUCCAGAUUCGACUCCACGUUAUUUGGCAAAGCAGAUGGACUGACAUAUCAACACAACCAGCAGAGCAAAACACAUCCAGAUCUGGAGAGGGAGGAGGAAGAGGAUGACUCGGAUGAAGAUGAGCAGGAAAUGGUGGGGCCCGAGGAGAACGAUGAAGUGGAAGAUGAUGAGGAUGAUGAGGACGGGGAGGAAGAGAACGGGUCCCAUCAGCAGGUGAAGAAGCCUCGACUCCAGCAGGGUCCAGGUUUCGGCUUCCCUCCUUUUCCUCCGUCGCAGUCGUCUGCUCUGAAUCAACAGUCUGGUUCUCCACCUUCAGCCGUAAAACCAGAGCCUGAGGAGAAGGAGCUGCUGUCCCCUGCAGGACAACACGCCUUCACAUCCCCCAACGGCUUCAGUGAAUGGGGCUUCGAUGACUCAUUCAAACAAAGAGGAAAUACCAGCUGGGCUGAAGAAAAUGAUGGAGGAAAAGUGAAAGGGGAACCAUCCAGGGACUUUGCCAAGCUUUAUGAACUGGAUAAUGAUCCACAACGAAAGGAGUUUCUUGAUGAGUUGUUUGUCUUCAUGCAAAAACGCGGAACUCCUGUGAACCGCAUCCCCAUCAUGGCAAAGCAGGUUCUGGACCUGUACAGGCUUUAUAAACUGGUGACAGAGAAGGGAGGCCUGGUGGAGGUGAUCAACAAAAAGAUCUGGAGGGAGAUCACCAAAGGUCUCAACCUCCCAACGUCCAUCACCAGCGCAGCCUUCACUCUCCGCACUCAGUAUAUGAAGUACUUGUACCCAUUUGAGUGUGAGAAGAAGGGGCUGAGUUCUCCGGUGGAGCUGCAGGCCGCCAUCGACAGUAACCGCAGAGAAGGCCGACGCCCCAGUUACACCAACACCCUCUAUCGUUACUCCCCCUCCCCGGGCUCUGGGCCGCAUGCACUCCUGUCAUCACCCACCGUGCAGACUACUCCAAGUGGACACAACGGCCUGAAUGCAUCUGCCAGCCCAAAUUUAAAGAGAAAUGCAGAAGAGCCUUCGACCCCUGUCAUCCCCAGCAGACUGCCCAUGGCCCUGGCCCUGGGGCAGCAGCAGCAGUUUGCACAAGCUGCCACGUUGGAGCAUCUCAGAGACAAGCUGGAGCGCGGUGCAGGAGGAUCUGCAGCUGACGGUCCAGAGAAGAAGAUGAUGCGUCUGGCAGAGGAGCAGCAGCGCCUCAUGCAACAGGCCCUCCAGCAGAACCUCCUGGCCAUGGCCUCUCACCUCAAACCCAUGAACGUCAAACUCAACGUUGGACAACACGAAACCAAGCAGGAUUUGUCUCUGAGUAUCUCUACUAAUGGAGCAGCCAGUAUCAGUGUGUCUGUGGAGGUCAAUGGUGUCAUGUACUCAGGAACGCUGUUUGCCCAGAAGUCUGCUGCUCCUGUGGCCUCGCAGACUGUCACUGUGGCAGGAACCAGUGGUUUCAGCGCCCUGUCCUCCUCACACAGUCCUUCCUCCUCAUCCUCAACCUCCUCAAAAGGACCCAAUUAAGUCUCUUAUUCACAAAAAUAAUUGAAAUACCUCUCUGUCAGACAACUGUAUAACAUUGUAUCUAUACUAGUGUCUACACAUUUGACCUUCUGCUUGUGCUCAGUUUUUUUUUUGUCUUUCUGGAAUGUCAUCUGUAACAGUUUGAGAAGUUUUCUAGCAUUUUUUUUGUAUUACUUUGAUGGUGUAAUGUGUUUUAAAGGUAUCCUGUGGAGUGUUUGACCAGUAUGGAGCCAAAGUUUGAUGGGCAGCUCCCUGUUUUUGUUAGUUUGCAGCAAGAAAGUAAAUGGAUGGACCUAAAAAAAAGUACAUAAAAGUAAAUCAGUAAAAAAAAAAAACUCCACAGGACAUCUUUAAAUAAGUCUCAGAGUGGGCAUCAAUAUGUGACAGCAAAGAAAUAAAAAUGUAGAUUCAGGUAACAUUUUGCCGUAGUGCCUGCUAGAAACUUUUUUGUGUAGUGGCUUUACACUCGGUUCAGACGUGUCUGUAGAACAAUGCUCCACCUCUCCAGGUGUUGACUACUUUAACAGCUGGCUUAUGAUACAGUUCUAGUCAAUAGAACAAUGAGGUUUCCAAAGUGUAGCUAAUGAAGACCAAAAAGCCUUAGCUCGUGCCCAGCUCUCUGUUGAGUCCAUUUCAUAUCCCUCCUAUGGUUUGACUUGGCAGGUGACAAGUUGUGAGUUAAAGCCGUUCAUAGUUUUUUCAGCAGAAUCAGGGAAUAUAUACACUGUCAGUUUCCACAAGAACCUUGUACAUAAAGAACGAAAACCGAAAUCAUGAAAGAGAUUGGAAUUGGUUGGAGGAUUUUUUUUAAUUUUUUUUAUUGUUUUAUUUUUGUUGAAUUAUGAUAUUGCACUAAUGAUUAUUUGGCUUGGCCUCAAUAUUCCAAAAAAUAUUCCUUCAUGUCAUCUAUGAAUCAGAGGAAAAUUGUGUGAUACAAGGUUUUUGCUCGGAGCUGAAUGUAGACUUUACAAAAGGAUUUACCUCAUUUAACUUUCCAUAUCGGGAAGUUUCUCUGGAAUUUCUGCAGGACUCAGGAAUGUUAACCUUUCACUGUUAUUCUGUACUGCUGUGUUGUAUUAUAUAAAGACAGAGAAUGUGUCCUUAAUAACCUCAGGCUUCAAUCUGAAGAGCAUUUUGACAAGUUAACACUGAAACAGUGCUACCUCACUCUUCUAGAAAAAUAUGCAAUACUUAAAACAGCAUUUGCUGAUUUAGCCAUUUGCUGAAAUAAACAUUUAUGUGGACAAUCAAGUUAACAUAUCAUUGCAAAUAAAAUGCCACUGUGAACUAGACAACUGUAUAAAACCUCAGUUAAUGUAAAAGUCUGUUUUUGUCAUUGAUAAUGUAUUUCUUGGACAUGUGGCCAUCAAGAAUAAAACAAUCAUGUGUGCUGUAAAA